GUUAGCGUCAUUGCGGAAACAUAAGGGUGGAGUUCCAUCAAAUGUGUGUUCAAUGUUCAGUUAGGUUAUCUGACAGGUCAUUGACGGAAAUCCGGAGUACAUCAGCUGAGUGGCCGUUUAUGGACCAUCCCUAUGAAGAAACAGGGUUACAAUGGGACAGAGUACCUCGGAACAAGAGGUCCAAACAGACGACCCCAAGGUCGAGUUUGAAGACAUCAAGACAUAUGUGGAGGAGGAACUUCAGACGAGCAUGAUGAUGGGGAUUGUAAUUGGCGCUGGUGUCGCCAUAGUCCUCAUUGCCAUCCUCAUCUUCUUCAUCCUGCGCAGGAUCCAACUUCGAAACCUAGAAGCACAGGAGGCUCCUAAGUACCGCUUUCGUAAGAGGGACAAAGUCAUGUUCUAUGGGCGAAAGAUCAUGCGUAAAGUCUCCCAGUCUACGUCUUCCCUGGUGGGUACGUCCUCCUCCUCUAGGCAGCGCCUGAAAAAGAAGCAGAAGAUGCUCAACAUUGCCAAAAAGAUUCUGCGCUUUAAGAAGGAAGUGCCUAUUCUGCAGGCUAAGGAGCCCCCUCCCUCUGUACUGGAGGCAGACCUUACAGAGUUUGAUGUGGCCAACUCUCACCUUCCUUCUGAGGUGCUCUACAUGCUCAAAAAUGUCCGAGUGCUGGGCCACUUUGAGAAGCCCCUCUUCCUGGAGUUGUGCAAGCACAUGGUGUUUGUGCAGUUUCAACAAGGAGAGUAUGUCUUCAGGCUGGGACAACAGGACAACAGCAUCUACGUGGUUCAAGAUGGAAAACUAGAAUUGUGCCUUACUGGAGUGGAUGGCAAAGAAAGUGUGGUGAAGGAGGUUUUUCCAGGAGACAGUGUCCACAGCCUCCUCAGCAUCCUGGAUGUUAUCACAGGCCACCAGAAGCCUUACAGAACAGUGUCAGCACGGGCUGCUGAGGUUUCCACUGUUCUUCGUUUACCAGUAGAGGCCUUCCUGUCUAUAUUUGAGAAGUACCCUGAGAGCCUGGUGCGGGUAGUACAGAUCAUUAUGGUCCGUCUCCAAAGAGUAACGGUCUUAGCCCUGCAUAACUACCUGGGCCUUACAAAUGAACUCUUCAGCCAUGAGCUGCAUCCCUCACGUCAGCCGCCUCCUUCUCCCCACCCAACUCGUACCAGUCCCAUCCGCCACGGCAAGCGCUUUGGCAGCCUGACAGUGCCUGAGGAGUUUCGAGAAGCUGCCAUAAAAGGUGAUAUGGCAGGCGAUCAUGAGAAAGAUGGACCAACGCUUAGUAGGACCAUCUCCAUGCCUGUGGAUAUUGCUGGUUUACAGAAAAGUCUGAGAUCAGAUUUUGACAUGGCAUAUGAAAGGGGACGGAUCUCUGUUUCUGCAGAAGAUGGCAACACUCCACCUAACUUUACCCGGUCUAUUUCCCAGGACCAGAGGGAGAGGAAGGUGACAGUGGAGGAGGUUCCCUCAGGAAUCUACCUGUAUCCAGAGGAAGAGGCAGGAGUGGAUAAUAUUUUCACAACGGUGUCCUAUCGAUCCAGUUCAGCAUUGUUUGAGGAAGCUCAGAAAGAGAUCCUGAAGCUCAUGAAAAUUGAGGACCCUUCUUUAUUAAAUGGGAGAGUUACCUUACAUCAUGCCAAAGCAGGGGCAGUCCUGGCAAAGCAAGGAGACCAGGACGUGAGUCUGCAUUUUGUUCUGACUGGUUGCCUGCAUGUGUACCAGCGGAUGAUAAACAAGCAAGAAGCCGUCUGCCUGUUUGUGACCCACCCAGGGGAGAUGGUGGGACAGUUAGCUGUGCUUACGGGAGAACCCCUCAUUUUCACCAUCAAGGCCAUACGAGACUGUGCUUACCUCAAGAUAUCAAAAUCUGAUUUCUAUGAGAUUAUGAGGGAGCAGCCAAGCGUGGUGUUGAGUGCAGCUCACACUGUGGCCAUCAGGAUGUCGCCAUUUGUUAGGCAGAUGGACUUUGCAAUUGACUGGAUGGCUGUGGAGGCGGGUAGAGCCCUGUACAGACAAGAUGACCGGUCAGACUGCACUUACAUCGUUCUGAACGGACGUCUGCGCUCAGUCAUACGCAAGGCUAACGGCAAGAAAGAACUAGUUGGGGAGUAUGGACGAGGAGACCUCAUUGGAGUGGUGGAGGCAUUGACCAAACAACCCAGAGCCACCACUGUGCAUGCUGUAAGAGACACUGAACUGGUCAAGUUGCCUGAGGGAACACUCAACAACAUCAAAAGACGAUAUCCUCAGGUGGUGACAAGGUUGAUCCACUUAUUGGGCCAAAAAAUUCUGGGGAACCUUCAGCAGGGUCGAGGGCCAUUCUCAGGCUCAACUAUCAGUCUGCCUAAUAUGACCACCAGUGCUGAUGUUACAAACCCCGCCAGCAAUCUCUCUACCGUAGCCGUUUUACCAGUAUGUGACGAGGUGCCAAUCAAUGCAUUCAACCUGGAGCUCAGCCAUGCCCUCAGUGCCAUUGGGCCCACCCUCUUAUUGACCAGUGACAUAAUCAGAGAGCGACUUGGUGCAUCUGCUUUAGACAGCAUCCAUGAGUACCGGCUGUCUGGCUGGCUGGCACAGCAAGAGGACAUCAAUCGAAUUGUCUUGUACCAGACUGAUAACAGCAUGACCCCAUGGACUCAGCGCUGUAUUCGCCAGGCAGAUUGCAUUCUUAUCGUUGGAUUGGGAGACCAGGAACCUACACUGGGAGAAUUGGAGCAGAUGCUGGAGAACACAGCAGUCCGGGCUCUGAAACAACUGAUCCUUCUACACAAAGAGGAUGGUCCAGGCCCUUCCAGAACCGUCGAGUGGCUCAACAUGCGUAGCUGGUGCUCAGGGCAUCUCCACCUAAGGUGCCCUCGCAGGGUCUUCUCCAGACGCGGCCCCAGCAAACUUAGAGAAGUUUAUGAAAAGGUCUUUGAGAAAACCGCAGAUAGGCACAGUGACUUCUCUCGGCUCGCACGAGUGCUGACUGGAAACAGUAUAGCUCUGGUGUUGGGAGGAGGUGGAGCAAGAGGCUGUUCUCACGUGGGUGUAAUUAAAGCUAUGGAAGAAGCGGGGAUUCCCAUUGACAUUGUAGGCGGAACCUCCAUCGGUUCAUUCAUUGGUGCACUUUAUGCUGAGGAGAGAAGUGCAGUCAGAACCAAGCAGAGAGCCCGAGAGUGGUCCAAGGCAAUGAACUCUGUAUUCAAAACAGUCCUUGACCUGACUUAUCCUAUCACCUCCAUGUUUUCUGGUUCUGCCUUCAACACAAGCAUCUACAAAGUGUUCCAGGACAAGCAAGCUGAGGACUUGUGGUUGCCGUACUUUAAUGUCACCACAGACAUCACAGCGUCCGCCAUGCGCGUUCACCAGGAUGGUUGUGUCUGGCGGUAUGUUAGAGCCAGCGCCUCCUACACCCCCUAUUUACCUCCCCUGUGCGACCCCAAGGAUGGCCACUUGCUUGUGGAUGGUUGCUAUGUUAACAAUGUCCCAGGCUCUCUGUGGCGCUAUGUGCGGGCGAGCAUGACCCUAUCCGGGUACCUGCCGCCUCUCUGCGACCCCAAAGAUGGGAAUUUGCUUAUGGAUGGUGGCUACAUCAACAACCUGCCAGCGGACAUUGCAAGGAACAUGGGUGCCAAAACAGUCAUCGCCAUUGAUGUGGGCAGCCAGGAUGAGACAGACCUCUGUAACUAUGGCGACUGUCUGUCCGGCUGGUGGUUGCUGUGGAAACGAAUUAAUCCAUGGGCUGAAAAAGUCAAGGUGCCAGACAUGGCGGAGAUCCAGUCUCGACUGGCCUACGUGUCUUGUGUGCGGCAAUUAGAGGUGGUCAAGAAGAGUGCUUAUUGCGAGUAUAUUAGACCGCCUAUUGAUCGUUUCAAGACCAUGGACUUUGGCAAGUUUGAUGAAAUUUAUGAUGUGGGCUUUCAACACGGCAAGCUGUUGUUCACUGGCUGGGCUCGAGGUGACAUCAUUGAUAACAUGCUGAAGGACCACAGAUCGGCUGACUACAAUGACAGCAAAAGAGUUGAUUCAUGCACAUGUCAAGGAGCAGAUUUCACCGACCUUGCAGAGAUUGUAUCCAGGAUCGAGCCAGUCCAAAACUAUGUUUCUGCUGAAGCGGAGGAGUCAGACUGUCUGACGGAGUAUGAGGAGGAAGGAAUGGACACUGUGAGAGAGGAGGAAAGACAGGAGGAGGAGGAAGAGCCGGAGGACCCAGAAGACCAGUCCCCUGGAGAGUGGGGGCAGAAUGGAGUCUUCCAGACUGAUGAGGAGAAAUCUGUGAGGCAACGUCGGAAACUGACCAGUGACACUUCUGAAGUGUCUGACUGCUGACACGCAGAGGACUUUUAAUUGGAUCAUCAAGGGCCAGAACAAGAAAGAACUUGGACGACGUGUUUCAUUCCAGAUGUUUCUGGAAACGGAUAUUUUCUCUGAAAUCAAACCCAUCGUUUAAACUUUCUCAACAUCUGUGCGUAAACAGGAAAUGGCGUACCGCUUUCUAUCCCAGAAGGAGCUUAUGUGGUUCCUUCAAAGGUGGAUUCCAAUCUCGCCAUUUCACCUCAUAUACUCGACAGAGGAGGCCAGAAAGACGCUUCAACGCAUGCCUCCGGAGUAUUAAUGAAGACCGCGUGUGUGUUGGUGAGUUUGUUUAUGAUGACUGAAUGUUGAAAUAGUAGAAGGACACUAAAAGGUGGAGAAGCUGAAGAACGGAUGAAUGCAAAUGGCUUUAAAAGGACAAUUUAUUAAAAUGCUGAGCUAAGAGAAAUAAAUAAGCUAGAUGGGACAAGCUGUAGAAAAUGGAUGGAUGGGUGGUUUAAAAAAAAAAAAAAAAAGACGACCAGUAAGUUUUCAUUUUAAUGUUAUUUCAUUUAAACUAACGCUUAGUAGCAGCUGGCAAUACUGAUGGUAGAAAGGAGUGAAGACAAGAUAGAGAGUGUGUGUGCGUGAUGGACUUUUGGAAUGAAUGAGCAGCUUUCAAUGAUCCAAGUGUGUUGGAUGACCGCGAGUGUCAAACUGUGACCGUCAUUUGAACCCUGCCCACUUUUUGCUACAUCGAAGGACACGGUACGCAGGGUUUCCAAAUGGUACAAAAAGAUAAGAAAGACUCUUCCACCUGGAGAUGCUCAUGUUCUUGAAACUGUACAGUCACAAAUGCACAUGUUGACAUUAUUAUCGGCGUAAAAGUCACCUCGUGUAAUUGUAUUAAUAUAUGGAUUUUUUUGUA